UUUGCCUUGUCCCUCCUCCUGGACCUUUGUCUUUUGGGCUCAGCUGGGACAAGUAUAAGAGCAGUGCAGAGGAGUGGGAGGGACCAGGAGACCCUGAGGCCAGAAGAGAAACGGAGAAACACAGAAGUUCAGGUACCCAUGGCAAGCUGGAUGCUAUGCAUAGCCCUCAUACUGACAGCAGUGGCAGGAGCUGUGGGAGAGACCCGCUAUGAGAAGUUCUUGCGGCAGCAUGUGGACUACCCCCGGACGCUCGGGCUUAUGGGACACCGCUACUGCGGGGUCAUGCUGGCACGACGGCAAGUGACGGCCCCAGGGAGGCCUUGCAAGCCAUCCAACACCUUUGUACAUGCACCAGCUGAGGACCUGGUGGCCACCUGCACCCGCCCAGCCGACUCAAUGGGGUUCCACAGCACCUCAACAACCAUGGACAUCACAGCCUGCCGCCUGCGGGGUGGAGACACCCGGCCCCCUUGCAAUUACCGGGCCCGGCAGCUCCAUCACCAUGUGCGUGUCUCCUGCCUUGACGGGCUGCCUGUGCACCUCGCUGGCACCUAUGCGUCUGUUAAUGAGUCUUGAAAUGGGGGCAAUGCGUGGAGAGAUGGAUUCCCUCCCUUUGGGCAGGGGCUGCAUUAGGACCUGCAAUAAAAGAGGUGCCACAGG